UUUCCCGAUUGUGGGUACGCGUCGAAUCUGUGCUUUCUGCGGAAAAGGGGGCGCAUUUGCGCGUUGCGUGCGCGUUUGGGUUUCUGGGUCGGCAACCGCGUGUCGCGGGCCGAGACCAUUCCGACCGUGAUGGGGCGAGAAUCUGGAUGCCCGUUCCCGGCGUUUUUUUCUUUAGAUAUCGACCGGAAGCUCGCGGGAUUCAUUCGACAUAGGGAAUGUUGAGCAUGUCGAAAUGUUGCGAAUCGGGAUGCGCAGCAUGAUCUGGCGAAACUAAUGUGAUUAUCUGCGCAUCCAGAUCUUGUUUUCGUUCGCGGCACUGCGUCUAAAUCAGCAAGCUGGAAAUCUUGGAUCUCGUCCAAAAGACUCGAAAUAGUUGAGGAAAUCUCCGAGGAGAUGAUGAAUGGUGCUGUUAACGGUGCUCCUAUCAACAAUUCACUUGAGAAGCCCUUGAAGAUCUUCAUUGGGUACGAUCCACGUGAGGACCUUGCUUAUGAGGUCUGCCGCUACUCUAUUCUGAAGAGAUCAUCAAUCCCCAUUGAGAUUAACCCCAUCAAGCAAUCUGAAUUGAGGAAGAAUGGCUUGUACUGGCGGGAGAGAGGGAAGCUGGAGAGCACCGAGUUCUCGUUUACUCGGUUCUUGACUCCACAUCUGGCUAAUUUUGAUGGUUGGGCGAUGUUUGUGGACUGUGAUUUUCUCUACUUAGAGGACAUCAAAGAGUUGAGGAGCCUGUUGGAUGAUAAAUAUGCUGUAAUGUGUGUUCAACAUGACUAUACGCCUAAAGAGACCACGAAGAUGGAUGGAGCCGUGCAAACGGUGUAUCCCAGGAAAAACUGGUCUUCAAUGGUACUGUAUAACUGUGGACAUCCCAAGAACAAGGUGUUGACCCCUGAGGUGGUGAAUACCCAGACAGGUGCUUAUUUGCACAGGUUUCAGUGGCUCGAUGACAGUGAGAUUGGCUCGAUACCCUUUGUGUGGAAUUUCCUUGUGGGGCAUAACAAGGUCGUCGAAAAUGAUCCCAGUACAUACCCUAAAGCCAUACAUUAUACCCUUGGAGGUCCGUGGUUCGAAGCUUGGAAGAACUGCGAGUUUGGAGAUUUAUGGACCAAAGAGUCGGAAGAGUAUCAGAAGGUGGACAAAGCCCAAGUAGAGUAGCUGUGUACUCAGAAUAAUUUACUAUGAUUAGUUAAGGUCAUGAUGAUGCUUCAUUCUCAUUGCUUCAUAAAUUUGGUAUUUCAUUUUGGCCUGAGGAUGCUAAUUCUGUUGGCCAUUACUUAUGUGGGGUGUUGCUGGCAUAUGCCACAUAGUACAUGUUCUUAAGUAUCCACCAUUUUUUCAUUGUAAUAGAUGAGUGUGAUGUGAUAGAUUUUAUAUUACUAUUCAAUAAAUCUUAAGAUGUUUUCAUUCAAUGAGAAA